UCCCUUCUUUCUGUUUUUAAGAGAAACUUGUUUUGGGGGGUUACCCCGGGCAUCUGCUCUGCCCCGCAGUCGGACAGUGGACUCGGCUCGUGAUGGUUCUCCUGUCACUUUGGCUGAUGGCCGCGCUGGUAGAGGUUAGGACUGCAGCUCACGGACAAGCUGGUAAUGAAGAAAUGGUGCAAAUAGAUUUACCAAUAAAGAGUCAGCAAGAGUAUGAGCUGGUGACUCCAGUCAGCACAGAUCUGGAAGGACACUAUCUCUCCCAUAUUCUUUCUGCAAAUCACAAAAAGAGGUCAGCGAGGGAUGUUUCUUCCAACGCUGAGCAGUUGUUCUUUAACAUCACUGCGUUUGGAAGGGGUUUUCAUCUGCGUCUAAAGCCCAACACUCAGCUGGUGGCUCCUGGGGCUGUUGUGGAAUGGCACGAAACAUCUCCAGAGCCUGGGAAAGCGACUGACCCCACUGAUGGCCGUCAACCAGGAACAGCUUCAGAAAGAAUCUGGAAAAGAGAGCCUUUGCAGACCAACUGUGCUUAUGUUGGUGACAUCAUGGACGUUCCAGGAACCUCUGUUGCCAUUAGCAACUGUGAUGGUCUGGCUGGAAUGAUAAAAAGUGAUAAUGAAGAGUAUUUCAUUGAACCCUUGGAAAAAGGUAAACAGAUGGAGGAAGAAAAAGGAAGGAUUCACGUUGUCUACAAGAGGUCGGCAGUGGAGCGGGCCCCUGUCGACAUGUCCAGAGACUACCACUACCCAGACGCGGAGGACGUGGGCGGCCCCGCGGGCCUGGGCGCCGCCUCCAGCAGCCUGGGCCGGAGGCUGAGCGCCGCGCGGAGGCGCAGACACGUGGCCGACGGCAACUACAACAUCGAGGUGCUGCUGGGCGUGGACGACUCGGUGGUCCGCUUCCACGGCAGGGAGCACGUGCAGAACUACCUCCUAACCCUGAUGAACAUC